AUGGCGCUUCUCCAGUAUCGCGCGCCCGUCAAGUAUGCGGUGCAACAGGAGAUCUUCAAAAACUUUCUUCAGACAUUUAAGAUCUUCUCAUCAACUUCAGAAAAUGCUGCCACUGAGGCAAUCGAAGGCCUUCAUCUCGACGGCGAUGAUAUCAGCGACGAGUACAAUUUCACGGAUGAUACAGAUGCAGAUGGCCAGCGCGCAAGAAAUGAUCGAUCGAAGGAACCAAAGUUGAAGUAUAUGAAGAUGCUGCAAGAUGUCUCGGACCGAAUACGAACCAAUAUUGUCAUAGAAUUGGAUGAUCUGGACACUUAUGUUAAAUCCUUGCCAGAUGGGCCGGAGUCAAAUAUCCUCAACAACAUCCAGACCAAUGCGAAACGGUACAUCGAUGUAUUCUCUGAUGCAGUCGACGAAAUUAUGCCUAAAGUGACAAGGGAACUCUCAUUUAAAAAUGAUGUUCUCGACAUAAUAAUGUCCCAACGCGAACGAAGAAACGAAACUAUGACCAUGGCGGUUGAAGCUGAUCCUGAAGCUGAAGCUGGCAUGCCAUCCUCAAUGUUUCCUCCCGAACUUACCCGUCGCUACACCUUGAAUUUUAAGCCAUUAACAACUUCUUGUUCAAGCACUGAUCGAAGCAAAGCAAUGGCAGUACGGAAUGUUCGUGGAGAACACCUUGGUCAUCUCAUUACUGUUCGUGGAAUUACAAUUAGAGUCUCGGAUGUGAAACCUGCAGUCAAAAUCAAUGCCUACUCCUGUGAUCAUUGCGGAUCAGAAGUAUUUCAACCUGUUGUCACGAAACAAUUUGCACCCCUUUUAGAGUGUCCUUCUGCUGAAUGCAAGCAGAAUAACACGAGGGGACAGCUGUUCCUAUCUACUAGAGCCUCCAAGUUUAUUCCCUUUCAGGAGGUUAAAAUCCAAGAGAUGGCGGAUCAGGUACCCGUUGGCCAUAUCCCUCGUUCUCUAACCGUCCACUGCAAUGGAAGCUUGGUGCGACAGGUAAAUCCUGGUGAUGUGGUUGAUAUUUUUGGAAUUUUCCUUCCAAUACCCUAUACUGGCUUCAUGGCCAUCAAAGCAGGCCUCCUAACAGAUACUUAUCUCGAGGCUCAGCAUAUAACCCACCAUAAAAGGGCAUAUGAGAAUCUUGUAAUGGAUGCCCGAACACUCCGUAAAAUAACCCAACAUCAAAAAUGGGGAAAUAUGUAUGAGUACCUUUCUCGAUCCAUUGCCCCUGAAAUCUAUGGCCACCUAGAUGUGAAAAAAGCUCUCCUUUUGUUGUUAAUUGGGGGAGUCACGAAGGAAAUGGGUGAUGGAAUGCGCAUUCGUGGUGACAUUAACAUAUGUUUAAUGGGUGAUCCUGGUGUUGCAAAAUCUCAGUUGCUCAAAUAUAUUACUAAAGUUGCUCCUCGCGGUGUUUACACCACUGGUCGGGGAAGCAGUGGCGUUGGUCUCACAGCAGCAGUGAUGCGAGAUCCCGUUACUGAUGAGAUGGUGCUUGAGGGAGGUGCCUUGGUCUUAGCAGAUAAUGGCAUCUGCUGUAUUGACGAAUUUGAUAAAAUGGAUGAUGGGGAUAGAACUGCAAUUCAUGAAGUCAUGGAGCAGCAGACAAUAUCCAUUUCAAAGGCCGGCAUAUCUACCACUCUCAAUGCUCGUACCUCAAUUCUCGCCGCAGCCAAUCCACUCUAUGGCCGAUAUAAUCCCCGCAUAUCACCGGUUGAGAAUAUUAACCUCCCAGCUGCCCUUUUGUCUAGAUUUGAUGUUCUCUUCUUAAUGCUGGACACCCCAUCUCGCGAUGCUGACGAAGAGCUUGCAAAGCAUGUCGCUUAUGUCCAUAUGCAUAACAAGCAUCCCGAAACUGAGGACAAUAAUGUUGUUUUCACCCCCCAUGAGGUCCGACAAUACGUUGCGAAAGCCCGAACCUACCGCCCAAAUAUCCCCAAACGCGUCUCUGACUACAUGGUUGGAUCCUAUGUACGUUUAAGACAGGACCAAAAACGCGACGAAGUGAGCAAGAGGCAAUUUUCACAUACUUCUCCGCGUACAUUGUUGGGGAUACUCCGCCUGUCGCAAGCUCUGGCCCGCCUACGCUUCAGCAACGAAGUAGUUACAGAAGACGUGGACGAGGCCUUGCGUCUAACGGCAGUGAGCAAGGCGAGCUUGUAUCAUGAUGCCCAUGGAGGUGGUGAUCACUCCCCGAUAAGCAAGAUCUAUAAUCUCAUCCGGAGUAUGCGAGAUAGCGGUGCUGCCGCUGUCGAAGACGGAAAUGAAGGAGAGAUGAGCAUGCGAAGAGUAAGAGAACGCGUUCUGGCAAAAGGCUUUACCGAGGACCAAUUGAUGCAGACCAUUGAAGAAUAUACGGAGCUUUAUAUCUGGCAAGUAAUUGCCAAUGGGAUGCGCCUCGUCUUUAUUGACGUUGACGAUGACGAUGAGAUCAUGGCAUAA